AUGGAUUCAAUUGAUCAGUUUCUGGAAACUGUCAGCAAGGGGAUGUGUCCCCGAGAAGCUGAGGUGAUGAAGUUGUGCACCAGAGCCCGUGUCAUCCUUGAUGCAGAAUCCAACACCCACGUUAUACGUGCCCCAUGUACUAUUGUUGGUGAUAUUCAUGCUCAAUUUUUUGAUUUGAUUGAGAUGUUCCGUGUGGGUGGGGAUGUUCCUGAUGUAAACUACGUUUUCAUGGGUGACUAUGUAGAUCGUGGACACCAUGGAGUAGAGACUUUUCUACUUCUCCUUGCCCUUAAGGUAAAAUAUACCAAUCGUGUGGCACUCCUGCGUGGAAACCAUGAAUCACGCCAAAUUACACAAGUAUACGGUUUUUACGAUGAAUGUUUACGCAAAUAUGGCAGUGUCAAUGUUUGGCGCUAUUGCACAGAUGUUUUUGACCUUCUUCCACUUGUAUGUGUGGUGGAGGAGAAGAUCUUGUGCGUGCAUGCGGGUCUCUCGCCUAUGAUCUCCACUGUCAGUCAGAUGGAGGCGAUUGAGCGGCGCUGCGAGGUCCCGCAUGAGGGGGCGAUGUGUGAUCUUCUCUGGUCGGACCCGGAGGAGAUCGACGGCUGGGGCCUCUCCCCCCGAGGUGCCGGCUAUCUCUACGGCGAGGAGGUCGUCCGCAACUUCCUUGAGACCAACAAGCUAGAGCUCCUCUGCCGAUCUCAUCAACUGGUUAUGGAGGGGUACAGAGUGAUGUUCGGCGAUACUCUCGUGACAGUAUGGUCAGCACCAAAUUACUGCUAUCGCUGCCAAAACGUGGCGUCGAUAUUAGAAUUAGAUGAACACCUCAAUAAAAACUUUAAACUUUUUGAGGCAGCACCAGAUGAGGCACGAGAACAGGCAAAGACCACAAUGCCAGAGUAUUUCUUGUAA